AACACUUGGGUCAUCCCCUUCAACGUACCUUGGUUCAACGUUCCAUGGGGACCUUCGAAUCAGCAGGCACCGCACCAACCACCACCGAUGGGGGUAGACCAGCUGCCCGAGGAGUACGUCGCUGAAGUACACGUAGUGUCUUGCAGCGUUCACGAGAGGCAGUUCGAGACAAACGAAGAGCUCAUAGCCUACGUCGCCGUACUAAUGAACGCAGUGAAUAUAUGGUACGAAGGAAUGGAGAGCCCACGAGUAAGAGUGAAAGUCGUCGGCAUUACUCGCAAUCAAGAUGGCGAGUAUGAAGUAAAAGAAGAAGGCUUUCUAAUUGCUGACAGAACUAUCAGCAGAUUCGCAGAGUAUGCCCAGACCCAAAUACCGGGAAAGCCUGACGCCGUUUACUUGAUGACCAGCCAAGACUUGGCGUCUGUUUCGUUUACUGGAAGCAUCGACAAUGGCGUCGCUGGUUUGGCAUAUGUCGGAAUGCUUUGCGGUCCUCGUAACGUCGCUAUUGGUGAAGAUCCAGCCGGCAGUUUCAAGGGAGUGUACGCAGCCGCUCAUGAACUGGCGCACACGUUGGGCUCCGUUCACGAUGGUUACGCCGGGGUGGAUCACAUACCCGACCACCCGGGAGCCAAAGAUUGUCCCUGGGAGGAGGGCUACCUCAUGAGCUACAUGGAUGGAGGCACCAAGAAGUUCCAGAUGUCACCGUGCACCGAAGCUCAGAUACGGGCCAUGAUCAAGCAUUUACCGCAGACAUGUUUGGAUGAGAUAUCCAAGGAAGACUACAUGGCCAAUCAUCGAAAAGUACCGGGCCAGCUGGUCAGUCCAGAAGACUACUGCAAGAUUUUAAUGAAGAAUCAAGGUCACGGAGUUCCGUUGCUGAAACCAGACAUGCUUAAAGAAUGUAGGUUUCAAUGCUGUCUGAGGACGUACUAUGGGGCAGGAAAAUGUUCAACGGAGUACGUGCUGGAAGGAAUGCCAUGUGACGAAGGCAAGACUUGCCGAAAAGGUGUUUGUGACAACUUCAAGUGGGAACGCUAAUUAAUUCAAAGUUGCAUAAAAGCCUUGAAUAUACGUCACGGUGGGACGAUGCUAUUAUUUAUCUCAUCAGCCGCGGGAAUCAGAAUAACGUGGAAAUC